GUUGGUUAGUAGUAAAUUUUGACCAUGGCCAUGCCCAUUCCCAUUCUCUUCACAGAGUUGGAAGCCGCGUUUUCAAUUUCAACAGUUUGAUCCAUUCAAAGUCUUCAAUGUUCAAUUCCAAUGGUUAGAAGAACUUCAGAACUUAGAACUUUUAAGACCCCAAACCCAAAUCUCUCUUCCUUGUUACAGUCCCCACUUUCCCCUUAUUUCUUCUGCUUGUAGGACAAGCAGAUCGAUCAGAGCUUGAUGGUUUAAUCGGUUGUGGGCUCGUGAAAGGCUUUCUGUUUUGUGGGUGGGUCGGAAAAGUUUCCUGGGUAUUUGUGUUUGAUUGUGGUUUGGUUUCAGUCUUCGAAGAUUUUCUGAGACUCUGAGCUUUCUCAAAUCCCUCUGCCCAAGAAACCCUUUUUGAAUUUUGGCCGAUUUUUCAUUCUUCCUCUCCUCGAGGCUCUGGUCUGAUAAAAUAUUGCUGCUCCUUUCCUUUCCUUCCCGUUAUUUUCUCUCUCGUUUUCUUGGUGGCCAAACAAGAGGGGAAAGAAGGAACGGUGAAAGCCAUGGCCUUUCUGUCCAAGUUCUUUCUCAUUCUCGUAUACGCUUGCUUCUUUACAGGCACAUUAGACGUCGCCGCCGGCGUUCAUAGCCUGAAUUCCAACGCAUCGCUUCUUCCCGGCAUUGAAUUGCCGAAACAUUCCAGCUUUAACGCCGUCUCCGCUUCCGCCGCUUCCGGCUGCGGACUGAAAACAUCGAGAGUCAAACCCGAACCAACCAAUCCGAAAAUCCCACCGGAAGAGGACGAAGUCGUAGUCGCCCCACGUUCGCCGUCAUCGGCCGUCAAGCUCCACCUCAAGCACCGGUCGGCGAGUCCUAAAAUCCGGCCAAAGGAGUCCGUAAGCCGAGACCUGGUCCGAAUCCAGACGCUCCACAAAAGGAUCACAGAGAAGAAGAAUCAGAACACCUUAUCAAGGCUCGAGAAAGCCGGGAAGCAACAGAAGCCGCCGGCCGUUCCUGCGGCGGAGUCGGCGUUUUCUGGCCAGCUAAUGGCGACCCUGGAAUCGGGGGUGAGCCUCGGGUCGGGCGAAUACUUCAUCGACGUGUUUGUGGGCACGCCGCCAAAGCAUUUCUCUUUGAUUCUCGACACCGGCAGUGAUCUCAACUGGAUUCAGUGUGAACCUUGUUUGGAUUGCUUCGAGCAAAACGGGCCCCAUUACAACCCCAAGGAUUCAAUCUCGUUUCGGAACGUAUCUUGCAAGGAUCCAAGGUGCAAUCUCGUUUCCUCCCCCGAUCCACCCCGGCCCUGCAAGUCCGAGAACCAGACAUGCCCUUAUUUCUACUGGUACGGAGACAGUUCCAACACCACCGGGGACUUCGCCCUGGAAACUUUCACGGUGAACCUCACGGCUGCCACCGGGAAGCCCGAGUUCCGGCGGGUGGAGAAUGUGAUGUUCGGAUGUGGACAUUGGAACAGAGGCCUAUUCCACGGGGCUGCCGGAUUGCUGGGGCUUGGAAGAGGCCCUCUUUCAUUCUCCUCCCAGCUUCAAUCCCUCUAUGGCCAUUCCUUCUCCUAUUGCCUUGUGGAUAGGAACAGCGACUCAAGUGUUACCAGCAAGCUGAUUUUUGGGGAGGACAAGGCCCUCUUGGGACACCCCAAAUUGAAUUUCACCCGUUUGGUUGGGGGCAAAGACAACCCGGCCGAUACAUUCUACUAUCUGCAAGUAAGAUCCAUCGUGGUGGGCGGAGAGGCGUUGAACAUCCCGGAGGAGACAUGGAAGUUGUCGGCAGAGGGGGCCGGGGGCACCAUCAUAGACUCGGGGACUACCCUCAGCUACUUUGCUGAUCCUGCUUUCAGGAUCAUCAAGGAGGCAUUUGUGAGCAAGGUGAAGGCCUACCCGCUGGUCAAGGACUUCCCUAUAUUGGGCCCUUGUUACAAUGUUUCCGGGGCCGGGGGGGCUCAGAACCUGGAGCUGCCCUCCUUUGAGGUUGUGUUCGGGGAUGGGGCAGUCUGGGACUUCCCGGUGGAGAACUACUUCAUCAGGCUAGAGCCGGAGGAGAUCAUUUGCCUGGCAAUGUUGGGGACUCCCCGCUCUGCCCUGUCGAUAAUCGGCAACUAUCAGCAGCAGAACUUCCAUAUCCUCUAUGACGCCAAGAAUUCUAAGCUGGGCUUUGCACCAACAAGCUGUGCUGAUGUUUAGGUUUGACACCAUCUUCUCUACCUUGCAGGGAUGGAUGAAUUCUUCAUAAAUAUAUUUUCUUCAUCAAAUGGAGGAAUAGACAAAAGCAUAUAUAGAGAGACAGAUAACGUAUACAUUUUUUUAUUUUUGUUUUGUUCUUUUGUUUCUUCAGCUUGUAGAAGGUGACUGGAUAUGCUGAUUUAACAAGAACUCAAAAUCUGUUCAAUGAAUAUUGUUGAUUCAUCAUUCA